UUGGUGACCUUCCUCUUGUUGCGUCAACUGCGCCUCUCUCGCACUCCCCUCACUCUCUGCGUGUUACUUUCUGAGCAGUGAGCGGCGACUCCGUGGGAGAUCGAAAAAUGGCUGAAUGUGCGACAGAUGGGAAGGACCCUCGUAUAGCAGGAAUCGCAUCCGCCAUUCGCGUGAUCCCUGAUUUUCCUAAACCUGGGAUUAUGUUUCAAGAUAUAACGACUUUGCUGCUUGACACGAAGGCGUUCAAGGACACUGUUGAUUUGUUUGUUGAGAGGUAUAAGGGGAAAUGUAUCUCUGUGGUUGCAGGUAUUGAAGCAAGAGGUUUUAUAUUUGGACCUCCUAUUGCAUUGGCUAUUGGGGCAAAAUUUGUCCCAAUGAGGAAACCCAAAAAGUUACCUGGGGAGGUUAUUUCGGAAGAAUAUGCACUGGAGUAUGGAACAGACAAAAUUGAGAUGCACGUUGGCGCCGUUCAAGCCGGCGAGCGUGCUUUGGUAAUAGAUGAUCUUAUUGCAACUGGAGGGACCUUGUGUGCUGCAAUCAGGCUACUUGAGCGUGUUGAGGUUGACGUUGUUGAGUGUGCUUGUGUUAUUGAAUUGGCAGAGCUCAAGGGCCGCGAAAGGCUAGGAGACAAACCGCUGUUUGUUCUUGUGAGUUCAACUUGAUCUCACACCAAUACUGCUGUAGAACUGCAUGUUUCUUGCGCACGUGUAAUGGCAGUUGCUGGAGAUUUACACAAAGCUAGAGAACUAUCAAUUUGGAGUGUGGAUUGUAGGAAAGGGGGUGUUGGUUGUUAGUAAUAAAGAGGGGUUGUUACUUGCUAGGGGCCUGGAACUUGGAAGUGCUGAAAAAUGGUGGUGGUGACCAGCUUUGCAAGCACGAGUAAUUUGGUUCCAGUUUGCAACUGGGUGUAGUACAGCUUUUCUUGUGGACAUGACGUAAAUUUUUCUAAUGUCUGAUUUGUAAGCUGUAUAACUUAAUGAUACCGUGACAGAUGCAAUGCAAGUUUUCUUCUUUAACGGUUGGAUCAACAUGCUUUUUGA